AUGGCCACAAUCAAAAUCCUAGACGGAGGCCUAGGCACCUCCCUAGGCGACCAAUACAACAAAAAAUUCGACAGCGCAACAACCCCACUCUGGGCCAGCGACCUACUAGUCACCGACCCAACAACACUGGAAGCUUGCCAACGAGACUUUGGCAACGCAGGAGUAGACAUCCUCCUAACAGCAACAUACCAAGUCUCUGCCUCGGGCUUCGCGCUCACAAAAACACUCACGCACCCAGACGGCAUCCCCGCCAGCGCGGUGGGCCCAUACCUAUCGCGCUCGGUGGACAUCGCUGAAGCAGCCAAGGUGCGGGAUGCCGCUGCCGUCGCGCUGAGUCUGGGACCGUACGGCGCUUGCAUGAUUCCCGGACAGGAGUAUAGUGGUGCGUAUGAUGCGGAGCAUGAUAGUGAGGAGGCGUUGUAUAGGUGGCAUUUGGAGAGGUUGAGGAUGUUUGUUGAGGCUGAUGGGGGAGAUUGGCUUGAUGAGGUUCGGGCUGUUCGGAGGGCGAUUCGUGAUUCGGGAAUUACGGCGCCUUAUUGGAUUGCUUGUGUUUUCCCUGGGGAUGAGGGCGUUUUGCCGGAUGGGAGUUCUAUUGAGGGUGUUGUGCGAGCGGCAGUCGGGCCUUUGGAGGGGGGAAGCGUGCCUUGGGGAAUUGGGAUGAAUUGUACGAAGAUUCAUAAACUUCCUGGGCUUGUGGAGAGGUUUGGGGUUGCUGUUGAUGGGGCUGUUAAGGAUGGGAUUGUCGGGACGGCUCCUUGUUUGGUUUUGUAUCCUGAUGGGACGAAUGGGGAGGUUUAUAACACCACUACGCAGGUUUGGGAGAAGCCCGAUGGGUUGGGUGAUAAUGUGAGGGCUUCUGAACCUUGGGAGAAACAAUUGGCCCAGGUGGUCAAUGAUGCUUAUGACCGGGGUCAUUUCAAGGAGUUCCUCGUCGGUGGAUGCUGCAAAGCUUCUCACCAUGAUAUCAGAAAGCUCAAAGAGCAGUUUCAAAUCAAGUAAUCAGCCUACAUGGCAGAAGCAUGG